AUGGCCUUCCCACCCAAGGCAGUCAUAGGUCGGAUGGAAAACGUGGGAUACCGUAGAAAGCGUCAUCAGGCAGUCUUUCAGAUGACGGCCCCAGUGGUCUGGGCCGACUUGUCCGCACCCGGAAGGCUACUUUGCCAUCUCCGCCGUGGCUUGCACGACGACGCCCCGUCCUCCCCGGCGGCUGAUCCGAGCCGUACCCUCAUCCAUAUUUGUUAUCCUUCCCAGGUAUUUCCCCCUCUCAUGGUUGCACAAUUUUCUCUCGUCCCUUCUUCUGCCCAAUCUCGUACUGCUGGUCUUCCCGACUUUGGUGUUCACCGGAACGCACCCCCACGAGUCCUUGGACGCCUUCACUUCCGUCAUGAUUUGAUCACAACACCAUUUGAUACCACAGCGAAAACCAUAUCAUUGUUGCAAUGA